AUGCAUCACAAAGUCUGCAACAGGGUGCUGUUGGCGGUGGUAGGGGCGGCUGUCGUCAUCACGUUGAUCACAAUCCCAUCAGUCUAUUUCAGCAAGUCCGCUGCCAUCAAAAGGCCGUACGCCUUCGAGGAUUACUUCAAUGACACCAUAAGAUGGAGAUCCUACGGUUUAUAUUGGAUAUCAGAUACAGAAUAUCUGCAUAAAGCGAGCGACGGGAGUAUCUUUCUCCACAACGCAGAAACAAAGGAGGAGUCAAUAUAUUUGAGCAAUACAACCUUUGACCAAGUGGAUGCCAGAAAUUACAUGCUGUCUGGUGAUUAUAUAUACGUCGCUUUUGAAAGCAAUUUCACAGAGAAAUGGAGACAUUCAUACACGGCCUCGUACACCAUCUAUGACAGGGAGCGUUCGACAUUUGUUACGCCUGCGAAUCUUCCAACUGUGGUUCAGUACUUCUCCUGGGCGCCAACAGGAAGCCAAUAUGUUUACGUCUCAGACUUCAACAUUUUUUACAAACCUGUUGUCACUGCUGAAGCCAUCCAAGUGACUCACAAUGGAAAAAAGGAUGAGAUCCUCAAUGGCAUCCCUGACUGGGUGUAUGAGGAGGAAGUGUUUGCAUCAAACGGGGCAAUAUGGUGGUCGUCAACCGGGAAGUUCUUUUCUUAUCUGGAGUUAAAUGAUACAGAUGUUCACAAAGUGGAGUUCUCCUGGUAUGGAUCGGAGCAAUAUCCUCAAACCGUGGCUGUACCGUACCCUAAGGCUGGAUCGACCCUGACCAAGGUGAAACUGUUUGUGGUUGACACCAGGAAUCCAACCCUCCGCACACAGGUGCCGGCUCCUGCGUCCGUUUCUUCAGGUGAUCACAUUUUGUGCUCAGUGACCUGGGUUACAGACGAACGCUUCGCGGUGCAGUGGCUCACGAGGAAGCAGAAUUACGUGGUCGUGCAGAUCUAUGACCUCGAUGGAACCAUCUGGAGAGAAAUGCAGAACUUUGAGCAAACAAGCAAAACCGGCUGGGUCGGCCAUUAUGUGCCUUUACCUCUUUUCUUUGCUGAGGAUAAACUCAGUUUCUACAAAGUGAUGAGCGACACUCAGGGCUACAAGCACAUCCAUUAUAUAAAAGAUGGCAAAGCGACACCGAUCACCUCUGGGAAGUGGGAAGUCAUCUACAUCUCAAAAUUAACCAGUGAUGCCAUAUAUUACGUGAGCAACGAGUACAAAGGCAUAGCCGUAAAUAGACAUCUUUACAAACUUCUGAUUGGAAGCAGCUCCUCUGCCCCUCAGUGCCUCACCUGCGACCUGAACCAGGACAGGUGUCAGUACAACUCGGCUUACUUCAGCCUGGACGCCUCUUUCUACCGAAUGGACUGCUACGGACCUGGAUUGCCCCUCUACACACUCAUGGACAACAGGGGCCCAGGUGCAGAGCUGUCCAUCCUUGAAGACAACAAGGACUUGGGAAAUGUUCUGUCCGAAUUCCACAUGCCCACGAUGCAGUACGGCACACUGAAGGUUGCAGGAUUUGAUCUGUGGUAUCAAAUGAUGUUGCCGCCAAAUUUUAAGAAAUCAAAGAAAUACCCUCUUCUCAUUGACGUGUACGGCGGCCCCUGCAGCCAGAGGGUGAGCUACCGGUUCAAGCUGAACUGGGGCACGUACCUCUCCAGCUCACACGGGAUCAUAAUCGCCAGCUUCGAUGGAAGGGGAAGCGGUUACCAGGGCGACGAAAUAAUGCACGCGGUCUACAAGCGCCUCGGGACCUUCGAAGUGGAAGAUCAGAUAACUGCUGUGAGGAAAUUCAUUGACAUGGGUUUUAUCGACAAAGACAGAAUAGCCAUAUGGGGCUGGUCAUACGGUGGUUAUGUUACCUCAAUGGCCUUGGGAGCUGGAACUGGAGUCUUCAAGUGUGGAAUCGCAGUGGCUCCAGUAGCCAAGUGGGAUUAUUAUGAUGCGGUGUACACUGAACGCUACAUGGGUACACCUACAGAGAAUGCAGACGCUUACAAAAAUUCCACAGUGACAGCCAGAGCAAAGAACUUCAAAAAUGUGAACUAUCUAUUGAUUCAUGGCACAGCCGAUGACAACGUCCAUUUCCAGCAGGCGGCACAGAUUGCCAAAGCCCUGGUGUACUGGGAGGUGGACUUUGAGACGAUGUGGUAUACUGACAGGGACCACGCUCUCGGUGGACCGGCCUACCAUCACAUGUACAACGUCAUGAGUCACUUCCUGCAGAAGUGUCUCCUCAAUCCCAAAUAG